AAAGCCAAUAAAAACAACUUUGUGGCGUAUUCCUGUUGCUUUAAUUGAUUUUUCCUCUGGGAUCUAUAUAUAUAUACGCCGUGUGAACGACAGACACACCCCACAUACAUCCUUAGUUUUGUGAAGUAAUUGAAAAAAAAAAACAAACAAAAUGUCGACAGUCGAUAAGGAAGAACUGGUCCAGAAGGCUAAACUGGCCGAGCAAUCAGAACGCUACGAUGACAUGGCCCAGGCCAUGAAGUCCGUCACAGAAACGGGCGUCGAACUCUCAAAUGAGGAAAGAAAUCUGCUCUCCGUUGCCUACAAAAAUGUGGUCGGUGCACGCAGGUCAUCGUGGCGCGUCAUCUCCUCCAUUGAGCAGAAAACCGAAGCAUCUGCUAGAAAACAACAGCUUGCCCGUGAGUACAGAGAGCGUGUGGAGAAGGAGCUGCGGGAAAUCUGCUAUGAAGUUUUGGGACUUCUGGACAAAUAUCUUAUUCCAAAAGCCAGCAAUCCCGAGAGCAAGGUGUUCUAUCUGAAGAUGAAGGGCGAUUAUUACAGGUAUUUGGCCGAGGUUGCCACAGGAGACGCACGCAAUACCGUCGUUGAGGACUCGAAAAAAGCCUAUCAGGAGGCGUUUGAUAUUGCAAAAACCAAAAUGCAGCCAACACAUCCAAUCAGAUUAGGGCUCGCACUCAACUUUUCCGUCUUCUAUUACGAAAUUAUCAAUUCACCAGCGAGGGCUUGUCAUUUAGCUAAACAGGCGUUCGAUGAUGCGAUAGCCGAGUUGGACACACUCAACGAGGACUCAUACAAAGACUCGACACUCAUCAUGCAACUGUUGAGGGAUAACCUGACUCUCUGGACCUCCGACACCCAGGGCGAUGGCGAUGAGCCACAGGAGGGCGGCGACAACUAACCAAACAACUAAGCAAAAUGUUUCCUUUUUGACUAUGCAAAUAUUAUUCAGUAAUACAAACAAAAACAAAACAAAAACCAGAAACAACAAGGAGAAACAAAUAUAA